ACUCAUUAGCCAUAACCCUACCUAUAUAGAUAAAUUUGGAUAGAAUUAUCCAUGCGUGAGUAAUUGUUAUUCCUAAUGACAUACACACUGAGUAAGAAAGUGAUAUAUGGACCUUGAAUUGAUUGGAGUUUGAGACAUGAUAUUAGUAUAUUACCAUAGCCCUUAAAUAUUAAAAUCUAGGUCUUAAAACUUUAAAUCUCAUACUCGACGACCAUAAAAAAAUUGAUGAUCAUGAUUCGUCGAAAUACAUCCAAGAAAUUAUAUGCACCAUCAUAGUGUAUAGGCAGUGGCGGAGCCACUUGGAGAGGAGGGGGUGCUUUGCACCUCCCUUGGCUUUGGAGAAAUUUUUUUCGAGUAGGGGUAUAUACAAAUUCCAACCAAUGACCAUUCAGUUGCAGAAAGAAUUUCUUAUCAUUUCGAUCGAGUGAGUUUUGUUAUGUAAUGCACUUUCGUCUUUAUUUAUAGUAAUAAAUUGUUGUCUUUUGUUUAAACUCGCUCAUUUUUUUUGUAGCUCUACAACAGAGAAAUUUCUUGUCUUUUGUUUAAACAAAGUUGAAAGUGAAGAAGUCCCAAUUGAAGUUCACUUGUUUGUUUCACAAAAUCAAUUCCAAGGUACUUCUGAGUUCUAAUUUGUAAUAUUUGAUGAAUGGAAGUCUUGAUUUGUAUGUACUGAACUUAUUUGUUUGACGUUGUAACCGGUGUACGUGAAACUAUUUUGAUGUAAUUGUGUGAAUUUAGACUAUUGCGUUGUUGACUUUUUGUUUAAUUUAAAGUUGACUUUUCUAUUGUAUAGGUGAUUUUUUAUGAUAUGAUAAAGACACCCCCUUGGCCAAUUUCCUGGCUCCGCCACUGUGUAUAGGGUCUAUGAUUUAGAUAAUUGAGACUUAGAGUUCACUCGUUAAGGGAUUAGCAUAUAGUAUCCCAAAAUUCGGUUUCUUCGAGAUUUAAAUAGUCUUUUCUUACCAAAGAUGCGCGGUACUCUAGAUUUACCUGAGUACAAUAAAAGGGCACCAUGUAACAACUAUAUAAGAAGCCGAUCUACUUAGACCAUAUCAGAUUAUCCUCAAAUUACCAACGAACCAUGAUUUUGUAUGUUAUUGAAAAAUUACUGUUAAUCUCUUACUUUGAGAUGGUUGCCAACUAAUUUGAGGAUAUUCAUACAUAAGCGAAAAUGAAGUUUCUCAUGGUACUCAAGAAAGCAAUAUGGAAUGUCUAUACAUGCAAUCAUAUAUAGUUACAUAUAUGAAACGUCAUGAAUAUGUAUGAAUAAUAUUCAUGGUCAAAUUAAGCUCAUCAAAAGAAAGUGGUAUACCUUUCGGGAAAAAUUACCUUUAUGAUGAUUAUUACAAAGAUGAUGUUGCAUAUCAGUCGAAAUUGACAUUCUGAGUAUAUAAUUAAAAGGAGAUAUGAUAAAUCAUACUUGAAAGUUCUUUUCAGUUUUCAAUUCAUGAACUUCAUAAGAAUGGCGAACCAAAAGUUUGGACAAUUUGUUUGAUCAACAAUGUUACAUAUGUAUGAACUAGAGUACUUCACGAAACAAAUGUGUGAAAAAACCCGUCGGAGAUUGAUUACUCCAAAAUUCACGGAUAUCUAUAUGACGGAUUGAUACUAUGGAAUGUACUUUUUUUCUCUUAAUUAUCACGAUUUUCCUAGUAAAGUUUAUAACGAGACAAUGUACAAAAAUGUAUACAAAAUACUGUAUUUUUUUCUUUCUUCAUUAGGUUUUUAUCUCACAGAGAUUUCUUAUAAAUUUUUUAAUAAGACAUAUUGUUAAUCAAUCGACAUUUACAAUCGACAUUUAAGAGGGAGUUUUAAAAAGAAAAUUCGUGAAUGCACAGUGGAUGUAUCAAUAAUCUCAUGAAUAUAUAGUAAUUCAUAGUAACUUUUCUUCCAUACAUAUCAUUAAUUCCUAACUUCAUAAUUCAUUCUGAUAGAUUUUCUGUUACAUGAUGAGGAAGAGAGAAAUUUUAUCUUUACGUCUGUAAAAAAAAAAUAGAAAGAAUUAUAUAACUAUUUUUAUAACCCAUUUUAGUCCCAUAUCUAAUGUCUUAUUACAUACCCUAUACUUCUACAUUAUUAUUUUACAUACAAGUUGCACUUGCUUGUGUUACAUAUAAAUAAUACAAGGAGGGAAUAGGUGUGUAGUCACUUUCUCAUGAACACUAUCAAACAAGAAUGUCAACAUUUCCCGUACAAACGAUGGAUUUGAUUAUGUGAUCAAGGACCAAGUUUGCUUCAUGUAAUUGGUUAAUCUCUUAAAAAAUGGGUGUCUUAUAGGCUAAUUUUCCUAUUAAAUUAAUCCGUUUUCGCAUAAACAAGUUUGGGCUUUGCCAAAGUAAUUUUAUCUAACUCCAGGUAAAGCUUAUUUGGAGUCUGUCAAAUAGAUCUCUAGCAUCUCUAUCAUUCCAUAAAAAAAAAAAAAAAAAAAAAAGAAGGUGAAACUCAAGCUGAACAGAUCUAUUUGUACACCACUUUGGUGUGGCACUUCUGUGCCAAAGCAUAAUACUUAGUAGCUGGAAACUAUUGUGCUAAAAUGUUAUGGCUCAAGCAACAAUUACUCGAUUAUGGAUUUGAACUCUUAGCGUUGCCUGUAAUAUGUGACAAUUCAGGUGCUAUUAACAUGAGCAAAAAUCAUGUUCAACAUUCUUUGACAAAAAACAUAUAUAGAUUAUAUACCAUUUUCUGUGUGAUUUAGUCCAAGCAGGAAGCCAUAAACCAUUCGAAUUUCUUAUCUAUCUAGUGAAGAUCAAAUUGUUGGCAUCUUCACAAAACCUUUAUGUUCUAACAGGUUCACUAUCCUUAGACAUGAGUUAGGAAUGAUGGGCAUGCAAUCACUUAAGGACUAAAACCAUAAGAUGCAUCCACAAUGUUACCAAAAUUCAUCACGAUCGAGUAUCCUUGAUAUUAGAAUUCUUGAACCUUUUAGGAUGUGUUAUAGAACUUAAUAGAAUUCUUGAUCAACAAUGUUACAUAUGCAUUGCGGCAACCAGCCAUCUCUACAAGUUUUAAUAUGGCAUUUGCAACGAGCUACUUAAAACACUCUUCAGUUUUAUGAACUCAUAAAGUCAUAAAUGACUAGUUUACAUGAUAUAAUAAGAUUGAUAGCAUAUAUAUGAAUGUGUCUUACAAGUUUUUCGAAAUACGAAAUUACGCUGUGAAAUACUGUAAAAUGUCUAAAAAAUUAUCUUAUGAUAUUUUGUUUUAAAUUUGGACCCAUCUCAUAUGAAAUCCGUACUAUACCACCGUGUGGAUUAAAAGUGUUUUUUUUUUUUUUUUACCUUUUCACUCAUUGAGUUGUUGAUCUUAUUUUUCCCUACAAUCACACUUCGAUCAUGGUAAAAAUGCCAAUUUUAUAACUUUUCAAAGCACAUGCAUAUAUUUGACGUAAAAAAUAAUAAAAUAACAUGGACACAUGGUUCAUGCAAAGUCCAACCAAACCAAAGGCGUUAUUAUAAUCAACCAAAAAAAAAAAAGGCAUGGAAACUUUCAGCAUUUGGGCUUCGGGUUUCAUCAGCCUUUGGAUACUUCUGAAUUUUGGGCCUUCUACGAAGAAAGCCCAACAAUAAAACAAUCGGCACCAAUCUUUGCACCCUCUUAGACUUUUUUUUUUUGGUUAUAGGUAUAAUAUGCUCCUUUAUUAUAACGUUUUAUCAAACAUGCCCCUCUACUACUUUUUACAUCAAAUAUGCCCCUGUACUUUGAAAAAAUUAUCAAUCAUGCCCUUCUGUUAGAAUUUCCAUUGAAAAAAUCGUCAAUCAUGGUUGAAUUGAGAUUUAGACGACCCGACAUCGGCAAAUGGGAGGGAAAAUGUCAGUUUUGUCCCCUGUUUUAUUUCCCUGGGUCUUUUCAAAGUGAAAUUAUUUGAAUGAUUUGAUUAUACAAAAGAACCAAGAAAUUGUAAAGUGAAUUUAUUAGGGAUAUUUUAGUCAUUUGUGUCACCCAAACUAAAGUUCGGCCUUGGUUAACGGUUUUUCGAUGAAAAUUUUAACAAAAGGGCAUGUUUGAUCAUUUUUACAAAGUACAGGGGCAUGUUUGAUGUAAAAAAAUACUAGAGGGGCAUGUUUGAUAAAACAUCAUAGUAGAGGGGCAUAUUAUACCUAUAACCCCUUUUUUUUUUUACAAAAGAUAAUCUUCAUUGAUUGAAACAAAAGAUAGUUACACCCUGGAGAGCAGCCAGGCCUGAAAAUCAAUGAAACGACUAGCAGUCGGGUACAAAGAGAGGGCCUUUCGAGCCACCAAGUGGGCUACCCUGUUACUACGCCGACCUACAAAUCGAACAUUAAACUCUGAGCGAGUUGCCAAGUGAUGAAUAAUUUCGGCAAGAAUAGCACCAAUUCGACUAUCACUGGCAUCCACAUGGUUGAUUUUGUCAAUAAUGACCUUCGCAUCGCCCUCAAAUCAUACAUCCGUGAUACCUCGAUUCAGGCACCACAUGAUAGCUUCCCGGAGUACCAACACCUCUACUACCAUGGGAUCAUCGACGACCGGAAACUGAAACCCAGUAGCCAUUAGGAUCACUCUAUCAGGAGACAUAAUAACCAUCCCCAGCUGAGUAGGAUCCCUUCCUCGUAGUCCCGUCCCACGUACAAACCAUACUCUAAUUGAAGAAGAAAAAAAAGCCAAACGAUAG